AUGUUGGGAGACACCAUUGACUGUAAGCCGGUUAUGAUAAAUCAGCCCACAAUUCGUUUAGGAAAGAGUUCCAUUCAAGUGAUUUGCCCAAAAUGCCAUAUGAGGAUAAUGACAGUUGUGGUGCCGCGAAUGUGUCAUCUGAUGCCUCCAAGACAUCAAUGUCCUCAAUGCGCUAAUGUGAUAUCAAAAGACUCAUUGAUCAAUAACACAUCUCAAUAA